AUGUCACGGUGCUCUCAGGAGAAUGUGAGUGGAAGAGAGACACUAGAUUUUGAGGAGCAUUCAGCAACGGCUCUAUUUGGUGCGGUGAGUGUAACAGUGGGAGAGAAAAUUGGAACGUCUGAAACAGUAACAGAGACACGCAUGGAGCUUAAUGGCGGUGCCACUAAGAAGUGGAGAGUGAAUGCGGAGAGAGAUUGGAGAGAACAGAGAAUAACGUUGGAACGGAAAACCGCUGAUGCUAUGUUGAUGGGAGGAUGGGUUUAUAGGGAUCACUGA